AUUUAAGACCAAAAUUUUCCGAUCCAGCAUUCCAAGUAACAAGUAUCAACACCACCGAAGUUUCAAAAUUUAAAAAGAUGUCAAAGUUAAUAGUGGUGUGUGGCGUGACCGGCAACCAGGGGCGCUCUGUCGCAGAGACAUACCUCAAAGAAGCUGGAUGGAGGGUUCGUGGAAUCACUCGGGAUGCAACCAAACCAGCUAGCUUGGCGCUGGCUGCCAAAGGCGUCGAAAUCGUUGAAGGCGACUUGGACAAUGCAGAGUCUCUGAAAGCUGCUCUUCAAGGCGCCAAUGUUGUCUUCGGAAACACCGUGUUUCCCUUUAUGUUGGCACUGACCUCGAAUCCGCAAUUGGAACCCGGACAGUCUAUCCUUGAGUGGGCUUACGAACUUGAGGUUCAGCAAGGAAAAAACUUGGUAGAGGCCGUUGCCAAGCUGGACUCGCUUCAACUUUUCAUCUGGUCAACCCUCUCAGCGACCCGAAAAUGGUCUGGUGGAAAAUUCCAGAAUGUCUACCACUUCGAUUCCAAGGCUGCUGUGGUUGAUCACGUGCGAAUCUAUUAUCCUGAUUUGUACAAAAAUACGUCCAUGCUGCAAUUAGGUCUCUUCAUGACGAAUUGGAAGUUUGGUCCCGUUAACAUUCCAUGGGUGAAGCGGCGAGAUGGCACGAUGGUCCUCCGUAUGCCAGGAGAACUCAAAUAUCCAAUUCCACAUGUUCUCGUUCAGGAAACAGGAGAAUACGUCAAGGCACUGGUUCAGGCUUCCCCCGGCAUGCAUUUGCUGGCUUACUCUGAGUUUUUGACUUGGCCAGACUAUGUGAGCCUGUGGAGUAAGACGACUGGAGUUCCGGCAGUAUUUGAAUCCAUUACCAUGGAUGAUAUGGAAAAGCUGGCACCGGGAGGCUUUGGUCUCGAAAUUGGGGAGAUGCACGCAUACUCCAUGGAAUUCGGGUACUGGGGAAAUGAUCCGUCGAUUAUAUACCCGGAGCAACUUGGCCUCAAGGGAGAGCUGACCACGAUUGCGAAUUACAUCAAGGGGGAAGACUGGUCUGAAUUGCUAGGCCGGCCUGCAAUGGAUUGACGUAUUAUAGCUACAGGGCUUGUUUUGCUCGUGAACUAGAAUUGCAUGUUGCUCUAGACAUUUUUAGAUGAGGUUAUUCUUAUUGUAUAGUUGCACUAGGUCUCCAAUGACGUUAGGUUUGCCGACUGUGGGAU